AUGAAAGAACUACCAUCAGAGUCCGCGCCACAAGGCCGAUGGGAAAGUCAAGGCGUCAAAGACCUCAGCCCUAUCGUUCAGUCAACGACGAGGACAAGUCAGAAAACUUUACCGCCCCCUGAUGGAGGUAAACGAGCUUGGCUUAUAUGUUUUGCCGCCCAUAUUAUGACCGCAAACACAUGGGGAAUUAUUAAUUCUUUUGGCAUAUUCCAGGCCUACUAUGCCGACGGCUUGAAACUUCCUCCGUCACAGAUAUCAUGGAUCGGGUCUAUGCAGUUUAUUCUUACUACUUUCUUGGGAGUUUUUUCUGGACGCCUGGCCGAUGCCGGUCAUUUCCGCUUAAUCCUGGCCGUUGGCACUUCACUUGUCUUCCUGGGACUGCUGGGGACUUCGUUCGGCAGCGAGUAUUGGCAUUUCAUGCUGUCUCAAGGUGUUAUCGUUGGCUUCGGAACAGGUUUAAUUGCUUGUCCAAUUAUGUCUGUGACGUCGACGUACUUUACAAGCCGCAAGGCCAUGGCCUUGGGCCUAAUGGGUCUGGGAAACGUUACGGGCGGACUCGUAUACCCUGCAAUGGCUCGCCAGCUCAUACCAAGCAUCGGUUUCGCCUGGGCUCUGCGUACCAUGGCCUUUGUGCAGCUGGCAUCGUCCAUUCCCGUCAAUAUGAUCAUGCGGGCAAGGCUGAAGACCCGGAUCGAGGGCCCAUUUAUCGAUCUGUCAGCACUCAAGGAUGUUGACUUCAGCUUUUAUGUCAUUGGGAUGGUGUUGGCACAAGCCGGCAACUACAUAGGCGUUUACUACGUGGCGCAGUUUAGCCGCACGCAAAUCGCUCCACCGCUCUCUUACCCAGAUUCGCUGAACCUGCUGCUCAUAUUCGCCGGGGUGUCCUUUACUGGGCGCAGUCUCCCGGUUCUUUUAGGAGACCGCCUGGGCCCACUGAACAUGGUCAUCCCCAUGAUCUUCUGUAACGGCGUUGUCAUCAUGGGCUGGAUGAGGGUCACGACGCCGGCGGGCGUCUACGGCUGGACUACUGUAUUCGGCAUGUGCAGCGGGGCGAUUAUGAGCCUCCACCCGCCGGCAACCCUGAGCCUGUCCCGAGAUCCCCGCAAGUCGGGCUCCCGCAUUGGUCUGGCACUUACCUUCAACAGCGCAUCCAUCAUGAUCGGCCCUCCAGUCGCGGGCGCUAUCAUCGCCAGCAUGGGCGGAAGGUACCAGGGGGCCCAGGGAUACGCUGGUUGCUUGCUCAUGAUGGGGGGUGCGUUGGUGUCAUGUGCCAAACUUGCAAGAAAGCGGAUAAAUGGGGAGAAGUGGUCGGAGAAGGUCUAG